AUGUCUGGAUACGCAUCGAUGGACAUUGAUGUAGAGUGCUACUCAAAUGUAAUCCCCUAUUGGGACAACCAUCGAGACAUUGGCAGAUAUUCUGAUCAUUUGACUGUCUGGUUAGAUAAAUACAUUGGUCGUCCUGAAGAAAGUGUCAAGCUGAAAGAAAGGUUUCAAACAUUUAUUCAUCCAUUGAAUACGAUAAGCCUUGAAGAAUUAGAAUUUGACGAACCCUGCUACCAACUAGAAGACCCUGAAAUAUUAUUAAAGCUGAAAGAUACUGUUUAUUGUUUAAAACCAUUUUUUGAAAUCGAUGCCUGUCUUGAAUUUAUCCGUAAUAAUGUCGACAAGAAGAUAUUUUUCAUAUCAUCAGGCACAAUGGGCGAGAAGAUCGUGCCACAAAUUGUUGGAUGGCCACAAAUACACAGCAUUUACAUAUUUUGCGGUAAUAUUUCGCUCCAUGCAAAAGAAUGGGCGAUGGAAUACUGCGAGCAUAUUACUGCGAUGUUGGAUCAUCAAGAUGAUUUACUCCUGCGAUUAACAAAAGAUAUUGUCAAUUAUUUGCAGGAAAAAGGUGAUCAUUAUUUAAGAUUGUUGGAAAAUAUUAGAGCGAGACAUUGUUACGCAUGGGCAAUUAAAUUAACAUUGCGCUCACGCAAGUUGGGCACUGUAAAUUUUCGAGAAACGCACGAUGUGCUAAUGGAAAAGUUUCGCAUAGUGGAAGAAGGCUAUGGAACGACGAAGGAACAGGAUUCGUCCAGUUAG